GAUAGUUCUAUAACACUUUUCCUUAUUUUGUUUUUUUUUUUUUUUUUUUUAAAUUCUCAAUCCUAUAACUAUUUUAUUUUAUUUUAUUGUAAUUAUUCUCUAAUUAGUGUGACACUUGCUGUAGGGUUUACAUCACUGUCCAACUUCAUUGUGGAGAGCUUGGCUGGCCACUGAACGGAAUGGCGCAUACAGUUGGCCUUUUCUUCUUCUUCCUUUAUCUUUUUGUUUUUUUCAAACUUCGGUUUCUCCGUCUUUCUUGGAGACAAGGGCAGCUGUUUCUUGAUCCAUACAACCGACGUUUGUGCCUCUUUUAUGUCAUUGCUUCUUCCGAAUCCACCUUCUGCUACGUUCAUUCCCGAAUCCCCUUCAGCUUAGAUUUCUCCGAUGGCAGCUCCUUCACCAACUCCCUUUUAUCGGCUCUUCAAUUCUUCCGUGGAUUCUCGCCCAACUUCCUUAAAGACAGCAACUGUUCGUUCUUGCAUAUACUCUCUCUCUCUCCCUGAGAUCUUUGGUCCUAAGCUGAAAUCAGGAGAAACUGAGCAGGCCCAUCUGAGAUUAUUGACUUCUUUUAAGCAUUUAAAAUUCAAGGCGUCAAAGGAACCUUUAGGACUGACUCAGCAACUUGACAAUAGCAAGCUGGAAAGCUUGACUGAAAGUGAAAAUGGGAGUGAUUUGUUUGAAGAUCUGAAACAUCGAUUUCUGAGAUUCAAAAGACGUAAAUUCAAGGAAAACUUAGACCAUUUUCAAAAUCUUGCCCAAGCUCAAGCACCAAAGUUCAUGAUUAUUGCUUGUGCAGACUCUAGGGUUUGCCCCUCAAUUAUCCUGGGUUUUCAACCUGGAGAAGCGUUUAUGGUCAGAAAUGUUGCAAAUCUGGUGCCCACAUUUGAGAGUGGACCCUCAGAAACAAAUGCUGCAUUAGAAUUUGCUGUAAAUUCUCUUAAAGUCGAAAACAUAUUAGUCAUUGGCCACAGCUGUUGCGGAGGCAUUCAUGCACUUAUGAGUAUGGAAGAUGAAGUAGAUUCAAGUAGCUUUAUUAGAAGUUGGGUUGUUGUUGGAAAGAACGCAAAGUUAAUCACAAAGUCUGCAGCUUCCAACCUAAGCUUUGACCAGCAGUGCAGACACUGUGAGAAGGAAUCAGUCAACCACUCCUUGUUAAACCUGCUCACUUACCCAUGGAUUGAAGAAAAAGUGGCUGAAGGAGCUCUCUCUGUGCAUGGUGGCUACUAUGACUUCAUCGAUUGUACAUUUGAGAAGUGGACACUGGACUACAAGGCAAGCAACAGGGAGAAACAUAGCAGAUUUGCAGUAAAAAACCAGUUUUAUUGGUGCUGAAUCUGGUGAAGAAAAAAUAGCGAUUUAGCUGAUUUCUGUUUCUGCCUGAAGAUUGAAACCGUAAAAAUGUAAAUGAGACACUAAUUGGGAACCUAUUGUAAAAAAUCUGUGCCUGCUUGGCUGAAGGAUUUGCUGCAUUUUUAGUUGUGGGAACUAGAUUCUACCACUAGGUUUCUCAUUCUGAAUCUGUAAAAUUAGAUAUCUGUCUUCCCCACAAAGCAUUGGCAAACAUGUGGGAAGCGAACAACAUUAUCCCUUCAAGAUUCUCGAGACACGUUACAAACUUUUGGGAAAAUUAUUGAACUUUAUUACCCCUGGGGUUUUAAUACAGAAGUUGUUUCUUUUUCCUCACAAA